AUGGAGGAGGCACAAGUUUUCUCAUUUGCGCAAAUCCUCUCGGCCGUUUUCGGUUCCUUUGUUCAUGGCGCCAACGAUGUGAGCAAUGCCAUCGGUCCUGUGGUGGGUUUGUGGCUGGUGGCCAUCUCUGGUGACCCACUUAAUUCGGCUCCCCCACCAAUCUGGAUCCUCUUCUACGGCGGUGUUGGCAUUUCCAUCGGUCUCUGGAUCUGGGGUCGCAAGGUCAUGCAGACUGUUGGCUCUGAUCUCACCACCAUCACACCCUCCAGGUAG